UCUCGAUGCUGCUUCCUUGUUUGGGGUGAAAGGAUUGGUGGCUGUGAUUACUGGCGGGGGAACCGGCAUCGGCCUAAUGAUGGCGAAAGCCCUCGAGCACAACGGCGCAAAAGUCUAUAUUAUCGGACGUCGACUUGAAACGCUCCAAACAGCUGCAAAAGAAGCAAAAUACGGCAACAUCAUCCCUCUUCAAGGGGACGUAACCUCGAAAGAGGACCUGUCACGAGCCGUCGAAACGAUUACCAAAAACGAAGGCUUCAUCAACGUGCUAAUCGCCAACUCCGGCAUCGCAGGACCAACCCUCUUGGCCAUGCCGCCAAACCCGUCUCUCUCCCAGUAUCGCGAGUACCUCUGGAACACCUCAAUUACCGAGUUCACUCAAACAAUGGAAGUCAACACCUCUGCCGUGUAUCUCUGCAUCAUCGCAUUCCUCGAACUAUUAGCCGAGGGAAAUAAGAGGAAGAAUGUAGAGCAGUUGAGCCAGGUGAUUGCGGUUUCGAGUAUUGGUGCCUAUAAUCGCGUUCCGUUGGCCGGAUUUGCGUAUUCGGCGUCCAAGGCGGGCACCACGCACAUGAUGAAGCAGCUCGCUACGGCGUUUGUGCCAUUCGAUAUAAGGAGUAAUGUUAUUGCGCCUGGAAUUUACCCUUCCGAGCUAGUGACACUGCCCCUUCUGGAGCGUUUUUUGAAGCAAGGGGGGGACGAGGCCCUCAAAUCCGUGAUCCCACUGCAGAGGCCGGGGAUGACGGAGGAUAUGGCGGGUACGGUGCUCUAUUUGACCAGUAGGGCGGGAGCGUACUUGAAUGGGAUUGUGCUUGUUACUGAUGGUGGACGGUUGGGUGUUCUGCCUUCCAGCUAUUGAUAAUCUGUGGGUUCGAUGAGCAUGAGCGGGAUAGAGGAAAAAUUGGGUGAUGGUGAAAUGGGAGUCUCAAAUGUUCAGGGAGAGGAACGGUAGAUUGUGUCCGUAUUGUUGGCUUAGCAAGUUAGUUCGGAUUUAAGAGCUCGAGCCCUCAGAGGGCAGGAUGGCACAUUCGGAGUUCCUGUGACCAAGAUUCCAUUUUAAAUAUCUGGGUCUAGCUUCUAAGUUUCAUUAGUACUACCGUAGUAGAUUACUCACCAAUUUUUCGAAUUGACCAAUCCAUCGCUGUAGUCGCUACUUUCGGGGCAAAUUAGAGCCUGUUCUUAAACGCA